AAAGCAGAAUAGCAAGGCAGAGUGAGAAGAGACGUACAGUAGUAGACAGACUGACUGACUCCAUUGGCUGCUGAAUCGAGUGGGAGUGCAUUUUCCCUGGUAAUUGCUGGGUAUCUGAGUAUUUCAUCUAACAUGAAGGUGCUGGGGAUUUUUCUGUUGCUGGAAUUUUCAGGCUUCUUUUCCACUUUUUCCAGCCCUUCCCCUCCAGUCCAUUGCCGCUGGAAUUCUUUUGGCCCUUGGUCUGAGUGCAAUGGCUGUACUCAAAAACAGAUUCGGAGACGGACUGUAGCAGUUUAUGGCCAGUAUGGGGGAAACCCCUGCUCUGGGGAUGCCUUUGAAACAAGACCAUGCACCCCGACAAGGGGAUGCCCAACAGAGGAUGGCUGUGGUGAUCGGUUCCGGUGUUUCUCAGGUCAAUGCAUUAGCAGAUCUCUUGUGUGCAAUGGAGAUCAGGAUUGCGAGGAAGAUGGUGCAGAUGAAGAUCGAUGUGAAGAGAAGAUGACUGUAUGCGAUAUUGAUAAAACACCUCCGAAUUCAGAACUUACAGGAACAGGCUUUGAUGUCGUUACUGGUGAGACUAGGGGCAAAGUCAUUCAUACAAAAAGCUUUGGAGGACAAUGCAGAAAGGUCUUUAGCGGCGAUGGGAGAGAAUACUACAGGCUGAGUGAAAGCAUUCUUGCUUAUACUUUCCAGGUUAAAAUUCAGAAUGAUUUCAGUUAUGAGUUUUUCAACAGCAGCUGGUCUUAUAUGAAACACACAGAGAGGUAUGAAGAAUCAAACAGAGGACACAGUUACUCACAGAAUAAAAUUCUGCAACACAGUGAAAAGAGUAAGCAGCUGAUGGUUGUUGAGAACAGUGUGGAAGUUGCUCAGUUUAUUAACAACCGCCCAGACUUUCUCACCCUUGCGGAGCCCUUCUGGAAGGAACUGGCCAACCUUCCAGUCGUCUAUGAGUACAACGUCUACCGAAGAUUUAUUGAACAUUUUGGGACUCAUUUCUUACACUCUGGAUCUCUAGGAGGACAUUACAAAGUUAUUUUUUAUAUGGAUACUGACAGAAUGAAAGCAGAAGGUAUGAGCAUAACAGACAUGUAUGAGUGUACCACAUCAGGCUGGAAUGCAUUCAUUGUGAAAAAGAAGAAAGUAAAGUGCUCCAAACUGGAUGAACUGCUACAGACUUCUUCAGGAAGCAGUGGUAAUAAGAUUAAAGGAGAACCCUACAUAGAAGGAGGAAGCCCAGGUGCUGUUGCUGGCCUUAGUUAUUUAGAGCUGAAUAAUCCUGCUGGGAACAGUCAGAGAUACUCCUUUUGGGCCAGAUCAGUGACAGACUAUCCCAGAGUAAUUAAACAAAAGCUAACACCAUUAUAUGAGCUGGUAAAGGAAGUACCCUGCUCCUCAGUCAAAAAGCAUUACCUAAAAAAAGCCGUUGAAGAAUAUAUGGCUGAAAAUGAUCCCUGCAAAUGUCAGCCUUGCCAGAAUGGUGGCGAGGCGGCUGUGGAAGGAACUCAGUGUGUGUGUUACUGCAAGCCUUACACCUUUGGAGCAGCUUGUGAGCUGGGAACUCUUGUGCAAGAUCAGCCAGAUGUUGUUGAUGGACACUGGAGCUGCUGGUCUUCCUGGAGUUCUUGUUCAGGGGGAAGGAAAUCAAGGAGUCGAACAUGCAGCAACCCCUCCCCGCAUGGUGGUGGUAAGGCCUGCAUAGGGGAGCAACAUGAAAGCAGACCAUGUGAAGAUGAAGAGUUGCAGCAUUUGCACUUGAUUGAACCACACUGUUUUGAUUUAUCCAUAACUCCUACAGAAUUCUGUUCACCUCCUCCUCUCUUGGAAAAUGGAUUUGUUCAAAAUGCUGAAAAUGCAUACCCUGUUGGGAAAAGCAUUGUUUAUGCUUGCAGACAUGGAUAUUCUCUUGUUGGUGAUCCUGUUGCGAAGUGUGGCAGUAAUUUACAGUGGCAAGUUGGAGACAGAUACUGUAAGGAAACCUCUUGUCUCUUGCCUGUCCUGGAGGGGGGUUUGCAAGGAGAGCCAUGGAAACCUCUGUAUGAGAUCGGUGAGAGAAUAACUCUGUCUUGUCCACACGGCAUGCUCUUAGAAGGGGCACGCUCCAUUUUGUGUGAGCCCAGUCUCAAGUGGUCUCCUGACAUGAAGACCAUCCAGUGCACGAGAUCAACAGUGCCCAGUGUGAAACCAGAAGUGACAGAGCCUAAAUGUCAGCCAUGGGAGAAAGUACAUCAGUCACAAUGUGUGUGCAAAAUGCCCUAUGAAUGUGGUCCUUCCCUGGACACCUGUGCUACAGAUCAAAGAACCAAAAGAAACACACCUUUAACUGUUUGCAAGAUGCAUGCCUUGGAGUGCAUGGGAAGAAAAUAUUCUCUUACUAAUGCAGAAAACUGCAAAAUACCUCAGGCAGCUGAAAUAUCAUGUGGAUCGUGCCGUCCGUGGGAAAAAUGUGAUGUGCAAUCCAACAGCUGUGUUUGCAAUGAAGAUGGGCCAUGCGAGGAGGGAGGCAUCCGGAUCUGUGCUGCAGUGAGCGGCUCUGCUGCCCAUCGGACCAUGACUGAGUGCGAGGCUGGGAGGCUCAAGUGCCAAGGGCAGACUGUCACCCUUGUCAGCAUAAGGCCCUGCGACAUACAGAGCAAAUAA